UGCAUGUCGUCUAAAGAAAAAAAACUGCAAAAAUGAGAUCAUUUUCUCUCAUUUCCCAUUUGAAGGACAUGACACAGUAGAAGGCGAGAGAUGUGUGGCGUAGAUGAAAAUGCAACUUCCUGUUAAGAAAGGGCCUUAACGCAAAGCUGAAGUGGAGAGUGUCUCUGACACUUCUCUGCCGUCUCUAGAACCAAAAAAGCAGCUUAAGGAUUUUUUUGAAGGUGGAAACUCACCGGCAACAGAACCGACUGAUUAGUCGCAUGAGAACACGACAUAUGGUGUCUUAGAAGCGGCGUUUGAACUUUUGGAUAUGGCGAGAUUUUUUGCGCUAGGACCCUUGGUUUUGGUCCUAUGCUUGGUCUUAUCCAUAAGCCCCUCAACCUCACUCACUUCUAACACAAACACAUCUCCAAAAGCACCAGACUCAGGCCCCUCACCCUCACUCACGGCUUCACAAGACCCGGCCUCAGUUAAAACGGAUGGCAGUACUGCUGACCAAUCCAACAACCCCACUCAACCCACUUCUCUUCCCCCUGACUCACCUGACAAACAAGUCCCUCAGUCAGACUCCUCCAACUCCAACACUUCACAAAACAAAUCUGCAGAUAACUCCAAAGCCAUAAGCCCCUCAACCUCACUCACUUCUAACACAAACACAUCUCCAAAAGCACCAGACUCAGGCCCCUCACCCUCACUCACGGCUUCACAAGACCCGGCCUCAGUCAAAACGGAUGGCAGUUCUGCUGACAAAUCCACCAACACCACUUCUCCUUCCUCUGACUCACCUGACAAUCAAGUCCCUCAGUCAGACUCCUCCAACUCCAACACUUCACCAAACAAAUCUGCAGAUAACUCCAAAGACCCUCAAGCAAAUCUCUCCUCACCCAUCACUUCACCAAACAAAUCUGCAGAUACCUCCACAGCUGCAGAAAAUAAAAAUCCAGACCCUCAAUCAAAUCUCUCCUCACCCAUCACUUCAUCAAACACAUCUGCAGAUACUGCUACAGAUACUGCUACAGGGAGCAGUUCAAAAGAAACUCAGACAAUUACAUCAACCACACCCACACUCACCACCUCACAACAACACAACACAGACACCACAGGGAGCAGUUCGAAAGAAACUCAGACAAUUACAUCAACCACACCCACACUCACCACCUCACAACAACACAACACGGACACCACAGGGAGCAGUUUGAAAGAAACUCAGACAAUUACAUCAACCACACCCACACUCACCACCUCACAACAACACAACACAGACACCACAGGGAGCAGUUCAAAAGAAACUCAGACAAUUACAUCAACCACACCCACACUCACCACCUCACAACAACACAACACGGACACCACAGGGAGCAGUUCGAAAGAAACUCAGACAAUUACAUCAACCACACCCACACUCACCACCUCACAACAGCACAACACAGACACCACAGGGAGCAGUUCAAAAGAAACUCAGACAAUUACAUCAACCACACCCACACUCACCACCUCACAACAACACAACACAGACACCACAGGGAGCAGUUCGAAAGAAACUCAGACAAUUACAUCAACCACACCCACACUCACCACCUCACAACAACACAACACAGACACCACAGGGAGCAGUUCGAAAGAAACUCAGACAAUUACAUCAACCACACCCACACUCACCACCUCACAACAACACAACACAGACACCACAGGGAGCAGUUCAAAAGAAACUCAGACAAUUACAUCAACCACACCCACACUCACCACCUCACAACAACACAACACAGACACCACAGGGAGCAGUUCAAAAGAAACUCAGACAAUUACAUCAACCACACCCACACUCACCAGCUCACAACAACACAACACAGACACCACAGGGAGCAGUUCAAAAGAAACUCAGACAAUUACAUCAACCACACCCACACUCACCACCUCACAACAACACAACACAGACACCACAGGGAGCAGUUCAAAAGAAACUCAGACAAUUACAUCAACCACACCCACACUCACCACCUCACAACAACACAACACAGACACCACAGGGAGCAGUUCAAAAGAAACUCAGACAAUUACAUCAACCACACCCACACUCACCACCUCACAACAACACAACACGGACACCACAGGGAGCAGUUCGAAAGAAACUCAGACAAUUACAUCAACCACACCCACACUCACCACCUCACAACAGCACAACACAGACACCACAGGGAGCAGUUCAAAAGAAACUCAGACAAUUACAUCAACCACACCCACACUCACCACCUCACAACAACACAACACAGACACCACAGGGAGCAGUUCAAAAGAAACUCAGACAAUUACAUCAACCACACCCACACUCACCACCUCACAACAACACAACACAGACACCACAGGGAGCAGUUCAAAAGAAACUCAGACAAUUACAUCAACCACACCCACACUCACCACCUCACAACAACACAACACGGACACCACAGGGAGCAGUUCAAAAGAAACUCAGACAAUUAUAUCAACCACACUCACCACCUCACAACAACACAACACAGACACCACAGGGAGCACUACUAAUCCGAAAGAAACAAACACACCAACCUUACCCGCACGCACCACCUCACAACAACACAACACAGACACCACAGGGAGCACUACUAAUCUGAAAGAAACAAACACACCAACCUUACCCGCACGCACCACCUCACAACAACAAAACAUAGACAGCGCAGGAAAUUAUUCUGAAUGUAAAACCCUGAAUUGCACAUCAAUCUCACCCACACACACUUCCUUGCAACAACAAAACACUGGCACCAGUGCAGAUCCAAAUAAUGGUACAAGCAACUCCUCCACCCUCACCACUCCACCAAAUACAAAUGCCACUCAAGUCCUUCACUCAAAUUUCUCCACUCCCACCACUUCAUCAGACACACCUGCAGAUACCACCACCAAAGAAAAAGACCCCUCACCCUCACGCACUCCUACACAAACCACACUAUCACCAGGUCAAGUAACAACUCAAACAAGUGAAAGGAAAGACACCACCUCACCUCCAAACACCACAACCACACCACUUACCUCCACACACCCCAACUCAACCUUACACACAUUCACCAAAAGCACGGAAACAGGCCCCUCACCCCCACACACUCCAACACAAACUUCACUAUCACCAGGUCGAGGCCCCUCACACUCACGCAUUCCUACACAAACCACACUAUCACCAGGUCGAGCAACUCAAUCAGGUGAAAGGAAUGACACCACCUCACCUCCAAACACCACAACAACACCUCUUACCUCCACACAACCCAUCUCAACCUUAUACGCAUUCACUACGGAUCCCCCUAAAAUCCCAUGUCAGUACAGCCUUACGAAGAGUGUGAACACAACAACAAUAGCACAUGUGAUGAUUAUCAACGGCUCCACGAACCAAAUAUACACAAUCAGGAUAAAACAUAAGCACAAUGAGAUAAAAAAAAAAAUCAAACCAAACUGCCUUUGAAAUACCGUUUGAAUGGUUAAGACCAUGCACUGAGUACACUGUCAGUGUGGAUGAAUGCAUAUCUGAUGGAAGCAACACCUUUACGUCCAGUCAAAAUGGAGAAACUGUCCUAAAAACUGUUGUGACAAACUUAACAGAUAAUGAAGUGUGUCUGAAAGGAGAAUUCACUGAUAUUCAAUGGAAUCUGAUUGAAUGUGUUGAAAUAACAGAGCAAAACUCUUGCACAUCCA